AUCGAUAAUCAUCUGUCUGUUAUCGCACUUCUUGUUUACCUUGGUAUUUUCACGCCAGACCACCUCUGGUCACAUUUGCCAAAACAACAAAAAAACAAUAAAAACGCAUUUGUGUUGCUUACAAAACAUUUGUGCGCUCAAAAAAAUGGCCAUGGAGUCGGGGACAAGCAGCUCAGAAUCGGGCAGCACAACAACAAGUGGUUCCACCAGCUGCACAGAAUCGGGCAGCUCCUCGGACUCGGAUUCCAGCAGUGCAACGCCCGAGGAGAAACCCUCGACGGCAGCUGCUCCGGCCUCGAAAUCACAGCAGCAGCAACAACAACAAACAUCCGGCUCCACAGCGCUACGCCGAAAAGCGACAGCAACAGAAGCAGAAAAGCCCAAGACUUUCGGUACGACAUCUCUGACCUCGGCUGCCAGUAAAGUGCGCUCCGUGGCGGCCUCCAAUCAUCGUUUGACCAGCGAUGACGACGACGAGGAUGACACGCCGCCGCCUGUGAAGAAAAAUGCACGCUCCAACAACACAGGAACAGCCGCAAUCGCAGCAACAGCAGCACCAGCAACAAGGCGGAAGCCACCUCCUGCGAUAGGAAGAGCAAAGCCUCCGCCGGCAUCCAGAAGCAAUAAUCCACCACAGAGAUCUGCGCCAGUCGCUCGGGCCACGGAGAAUGGCGACUGCAAGAGGCCAUCGCUCUCCUCCUCCUCCAACAGCACGGAUGACUCGACAAAAGUGGCCAAGAACGGCCGCAAGGUGCCCCUCAAGAUGGCCAGCACAGUGCGGGCUAAGCAGGUUGCAGCUCGAGCGAAACUGCCGCAAAUCAAGAAGAAUGGUGGUGGUGCAGGGCCAGCCCCAGUGCCAGUACCACCACCGCCAAUCAGCAGCGAGGGAAGCGAUUCAGAGAGCGGUACCGGCUCUGGGGAUGACUCCAGCUCGGGGAGCGACUCGGAGGGCAGUGAUUCCAGCAACUCGUACAGUUCUCAGCCGCCCAAGAAUGCCAAGGGCAAGCGGCCAGUAGUAGGUGGCAAGCCGCCACGAUCGGACAGCGAGGAGGAGCGCAAGGACAAGGCCAAUCCAAUGCGAAAGCUAACCCGAUCGCUGAGCAUGCGCAGGUCCAAACAGCAACAGCCCAAAGAGGAGACCGACUACGAAUCGGAUGAGGAUCUGGAGAACGACAAGAUGUUGCUCACAAAAAGCAGCCCCGGCAAGAAGCCGGCUCCCUCAAUCCUCAACAGUGCCAAGAGCAAGGUGAAAAAGGAGGGAGUUGCCAUUAGUAGUGGAGUGUUCAGCUCCCUCAAGUCUCGUCCAGUGUCGCCCAUUACCCAAACGGAGAAGAAGUGCCCCAUCGAGGGCUGCGACUCCUCUGGCCACCUCAGCGGCAAUCUGGACAAGCAUUUUCUGCCCGAAGCGUGUCCCAUUUACCACAACAUGUCCGCCUCCGAGUGCAAGGAGCGGGCCAGCGAGAGGAAGAUCCGCAACGAGAAACGUGGGAAGAUGCCUAUCAGCAUUGUGAAGGCGCCUGGCAAUCAACAUACAAAUCUCAAAUCGCUUACGCCCGAACAGCGUGAGUUUCUGGCCAAGAUCAGAGAAUCUCGAGCGAGUUUUCGGCCCAUCAAUAAUAAUUUCAUGGAUUCAAAAGUUAAGCUCGAAAAAGACUGCACCGAUGAGGAUCGUGAACCGAGUCUCACGGGCCUGGUGCCCGACUAUGACCUGCAAUUGUUUCGCGAGGCCCAGGCUCAGGCCUCCGAAAGGAUAGAAGAUGAACUCAAGGAUCUGCCCGUAGGAAAAGGAAUCAAAUACAUCAGCAUGGGCAAAUACAAAAUGAAAGUCUGGUAUCAGUCCCCGUAUCCGGAUGAUGCCGCCCGCCUGCCCAAGAUGUACAUUUGCGAGUUCUGCCUGCGAUACCAGAAAUCCGAGACGGGCAUCAAGCGGCAUGCGGAGAAAUGCGUCUGGCGGCAUCCGCCAGGCGAUGAAAUCUAUCGCAAGGGGAAGCUGCAGGUCUGGCAGGUUGAUGGCAAGCGCCAUAAGCAAUACUGUCAGCAUCUCUGUCUGCUGGCCAAGUUCUUUCUGGACCACAAGACCCUCUACUAUGAUGUGGAACCAUUUCUGUUCUACAUCAUGACGCUGGCAGAUAUCGAUGGCUGUCAUAUUGUGGGCUACUUUAGCAAGCAUAUUCCUUUCCUGCAAGAGAAAAACUCGUUUUAUAAUGUCUCAUGUAUCUUAACACUGCCGCCAUAUCAAAGAAAAGGUUAUGGGAGAUUACUCAUCGAUUUCAGCUAUCUCCUGACACGAGUGGAGGGCAAAAUCGGUUCGCCGGAGAAACCGCUAUCCGAUCUGGGCCUGAUCUCGUACAGAUCCUACUGGAAGGAUGUGCUGUUGGACUAUUUGUGCAAUCGUUCAGGGAAUACCCUGAACAUCAAGGAUGUAUCUCAGGAAAUGGCCAUAUACUCUUAUGAUAUAGUCAGCACCUUGCAGGCUCUGGGCAUGAUGAAGUACUGGAAGGGCAAGCAUAUAGUACUCAAAAAGCAAGACGUUCUGGAUGAGUACGAGGAGCGUGUUAAACGUCGCGGUACCUUUCCCAAAAUAGACGACUCCUGUCUGCGCUGGCAGCCCUUCAUUCCUGUACAGCCCAGUGCCGAAUCGCCUUAACGCCGUGGCUGGAAGCAUGCCGCGGCAUGCUUUAUGGAUGACGAUGACUCCGCACCCAUGUACCCCGCAUCAUCAUCCUGAUGCGUAUUUGCUUAGAGAUUUUAUUAUUUGUGGUUUUACUAUACUAGACCGUAAGGCAAAAGUAUUUGUGUGCGUGUUUGUGUGUGGAUGUACUUUAUUUGUUGGUAGCGCUAGAUAGUAAUUUUAGUACGUAGGAUUAUAGUGAAAUUUUCCCAAAAAAAAAAAAACUUAAGAUGACAAAGAAAUAUACUCGGUUUAUGAUCAAAGAA